GAUCAGAGGCCCAAAGGGUGCCUGCUUGGUGUCUGUCAUCUCAUAGCCCACAAGGACGACGCCACAUUCUCAAGUGUGAACCAUUUUAAACUCAUAAACCACACGCAGAGCACGACUUUCUACAAUAACAACCUAUCCCUUCUUUCCUUCUCUGUCUGUUUAUUGAUGGACUUUGCAUUUUCAUUAAAUAGUGAAUGGGAAGAAUAUCCCAUCUCAUCUUCUCGUCGACAUCAUCACAAUAAUAUUUUAGCCCUUUGCUUCUUGUGUAUGUGUUGUGCAUGUAAAGGAUGACUAAUAAGCGUAGUUUUCUGUAAAAAGCCUAGUGUCAGUUUCUCUUUCAUCCUCCACCCUCACAAACACUCGCUCACUCGCUCUUGUCAACGGUGCAUCUGCUGCCUAUCCUUCACAUUGGGAAUAUAAAUAAAUAAAUAAAUUUCUACUCUUCUUGCCGACAAUUGAGUGAGGAAGGAGACGAUAAUUAGUUAUUAAUUUGCGACUUAAUUACCACUAGAGGAAACUAGUAGUUUAAAGAUGACACUAAAUCUGGACAAGAACAAGAGUGUAUUGGUCCACGCUUGGAAGGAAGUGUUGGACGAGAGAAAUCCGAUCGACUGGGCUUUAUUUGGCUAUGAUGGACUAACGUAUGACCUUAAUCUGGUCGGGAAAGGGGAUGGAGGUUUGAACGAAUUGAUUGAGGAAUUUAACUCUGGUAAAAUCCAGUACGCCCUUUGUCGAGUCAAAAUAAAAGAGAAAAAUGUGGAGAAAAUCGUUCUCAUUAAUUGGCAAGGCGAAGGUGCUCCCCUCGUCAGGAAAGGAGUUUCUGCCAAUCAUGUGGACAUUGUUCGUGGAUUUUUUAAGGGCGUCCAUAUUUCACUACAUGCCCGAACGGAUGAAGAUGUCGAGCCCGACGUUGUUUUGGGCAUGGUGGGGAAAGCAAUAGCUGGAGAAGGGAUUAAACUGGUCCCUUCUACGGAUGAGUCGGACUCAAUGAACGACACGGGCUCUCACCCCAUCGGAUCCAAUUACAAGCGGGUUAACCCACAAGAGGAAAUUAACGCCAAGGCGAAGGACGACUUUUGGCGGAAGGAUCAGGCAGAAGAGGAACGGAGACGAAGGGAAGAGAAAGGACUGGAGAGAAAAUUUUCCCAAGCAGAGGUCAAACUCUUGAGGAGGGAAAGUCAGGAUUAUUUCGAGAGGGAGGAGGAAGCUGAAAAGAUAGCCUCACCGAAACCACAAAUUAAUGGAGGAACGACAAUAACCACCAAUGGGGGCGGCAGUGGGAUCAACAAGUCAAAUUCUGUGUCACCCACGCCGCCAACAGCGCCAUCAGUACGAGGUUUUACAUCAUCUCCUUCAUCCGGUGGCGUUGGUGCCGAACGUACUGCUGCAUUGCAGGCUUCUAUGCCCAUGAAGAAGAACAAUUCAGACUUGGUUCGCUCAAGAAUUAAAUCGUUUGACGGAGGUAGUUCUGGCCCUGUUUUCCCUUCGUCCACCACUACCACGCCACCAAGAAUGAGCAAUGGGAUUAAUUCAAUAAACAAAAUGGCGUCGAUUAGUGGAGGAAAAUCCCCUUCUCCAGUCGUCUCCUCCUCUACACCACCUCCAGCAGCCCCUGUGAAUGGGGACAGUCUCAGCGUGCUCAAGCGGAAACAACUCUUCGAAUCGGGAAAAUCACCCUCGUCUGAAAAUUCUUCUAACACAAUCACGAGAAGAAAUCCAGCCGACGAGAUUCGCCUCAUGCAGGAAGAGGCGGCCAAAAAACUGGAGGAGGAGAAGAAAAAGAAGCAACAAGAAAAGAAAAAAGAGCAACCCAUCACAACAUCACAACCAGAAGUGACGAAACCUACCGUCGUCGCCAGUUCGAACAAUGAUUACGAAAAUAACUACGAUGAAGACCACAAUAAUAAGAGGAAUGUGACAAGUCCUACUGUCCAUUUUCAGUCUCCGCCACUUCCCGUGAGCCCCCCACCAGCCCAACAGCAACCCGCCUUCUUCAACAAUCCGGGAGUAGUGUCACCCACCAAGACCAGCAUUUCACCGGCUCCAGUCGUGGAGAAAGUACCCAGUCCGACGCCACCAUCGCCCACUCCUCCGCCACCCCAACAAUUCCAAAACGCCAAGGAGGACCACGUUCCCAUUCGGGAGGAUAAUACCGUUCGCUCCGCGGCUCACGAGCAACACAACGGGGGUAGAAAUACAGCAUCAUCCCCUUCACCGAUUCCUCCAUCUCCAGUUCCAGCUACAAAUUCGUACACGAAUGGUGGAGAUUCUUCGUCAAUUAUCAGCAUCAAUAUCACACCGGAAAUGGGAGUGUGUGCCAGAGCAUUGUACGACUACCAAGCGGCGGACGAGACGGAAAUCACUUUCGAUCCGGGAGACAUAAUCCGAAACAUUGAGAAGAUUGAUGAUGGUUGGUGGGAAGGGCUGGGGCCGAACGAGCAGUACGGACUUUUCCCAGCAAACUAUGUCGAGCUUCUCACAUAAAUAAUCAGCUUAUCAUCAUCUUAUCUUGACGAUGAAACAAUAAUGAAGUGAAUUGUUCUUAAAGAAAACAACUUGUGCAUUCUGCUGCUACUUACAACAUACUGCUGCUUGCUUACAUACUUAUAAUUCCUCCUCAUCCUCCGCUCUAAUUAAUCCAGUCCACUCCACAUGUCAGUAUUUCUUAAAGUUGUGAAUCCCUCGCGUAUGUAAUAAGAGCGUAAUAAUUUUAUCUACCUGAAAUAAUCAGCUCGAAUAUCUGGGAAUGUGUGUCGUGCUCAAAAAUAAAUUUCAAUUUGUAUGACUGAUAAGUUUAGAAGUGAAGUAUAGUCAGUCUAUUUUAUAUUUCGAUGUAAUGUUCCUUGGAGAAUGAAAAGCGUAGUACUUGCGGUUGAUUAGUUAGUAGUAGUGUAGAUGAUGAACUAUAAGUGAAAGUACCUCAAUUCUAAUUGUCGGCUCAAGAAAAAAGAUUAUAAAAUCGUGUAGUAUCCAAUCUUCUUCAUUUACUUGAAAUCAUGAUGUCUGCUGAAAUUACUAUUAUGAGUAGAACUUAAAUAUGUAUUAUGAAAAUUCUUAUAUUUUUGGUUGUGCAAUUGAGGAAUGUGGAGGAGAAGGAGCGUUGUCUAGCUAGAUACGGAAAGGAACCAAGUGUCAAACUAAAGUAUAAUUGCUUGAGCUACUUAAAAAACAAGAUUCAGAUUUUAUUGAGUAGUGUAUAUUUACCAUAUACUUAAUUAUAUACAUACUUAAUUUAACUAAUUAAUAACGUAUUUUGUAGACUAUUUUAAUUUAUGAUGAGAUAUAUACAUACCUCGUCAUUGAUUUAUUUUUUAGCUAAUUUAUUAAAUUAAUAAUUGUGAUCAUAAUAUUUACCAUUUAUUAAUUAAUAAUGUUUCAUUUACACUUAAUGAUGACUGAUUUGUGAGGAGAAUGUAUUUCAGGGCUGGUGGAGUUUAUAACUACCCAUUACCAUUAAUUUUACUAGUUUUAAUUCACACCACUACUUUUACAUAGUUAUUUAUGCAAAAAAUUGAUACAUAUGGCUUUUAUGACAGACUGCUGAAAUUACUUAACUCCUGUUGGGAUUGAUUAACGAUUGUCGCUACCUAAAAGUAAUUUGUGUAUCUUGUAAUAAGACGAUUAACGAUAGAUGAUAAGAGAGCGAGAUAACCAGAACUCUCUGUAGCAUUUCUCGUAGUAGCAUUACCUGAUUUUAUAUACAUAAAUAACAAUAUAGAAAAGAAAUAAAGGAAUUUUGAUACAUACGCAA